AUGGACCCGACUCUCACCCCAGCAGCAGUCAUGAGCGGAGAUGUCAACUGCACAGGUCAUCUGCUAGCAUUGGGGAUUCCCUCCAUAACCUUCGCGUGGGGACUGUGGGCCCUCUUAGGGGCUGUGACGGUGCUGUUUCUUAUUUCACUGGCUGCACUCUUGUCCCAGUGGGCCACUCAUCGGAGCAGGAGCCAGGAGGGACAGGGACGCUCUGGAGAGUCCGUGGAAGAAAUUCCCCUGUAUGGGAACCUGCACUAUUUACAGACAGGACGACUGUCUCAAGAGCCAAGGCCAGAACAGCAGGACCCAUCCUCUGGAGGCCCUGCCAGGGUGAGUCAGCUGGCCGAAGAAAAGGGGAGGGAAGGAAACGGGGACCGUUCCCGAGGGUCCAGAGAACAUCUAACAGCCUCGCCUCUCCAGGCUACAGAGGAAGGGAUGUGCUACACUAGCCUGCAGCUGCGACCUGCUCAGGGUCGGAUCCCCAGCUCUGGGACCCCCAUAAAGUACUGUGAGGUGGUGCUGGACUCUGAGCCAAAGCCCCAGGCCCCGGGCCCUGAGCCGGAACUCUAUGCCUCGGUGUGUGCCCAGACACGCCGAGCUCGGGCUUCCUUCCCAGAUCAGGCCUAUGCCAACAGCCAGCCUGCACCCAGCUGAGGAGGACCUGGAAUGGUGGGCAACCAGGGCUCAGCUACUGGGUCAGGGACUCCUGCUGCCCUGGCUAGUUAGCGAAUGCCUAGUUCCCGACUACCCCCAGGACAUUGAGCCAUUGCUUAGUGACAGGUGAUGACCUAUCCUGAACUUUACGUUUCAAGGCACACAUCUCAGAGCAUGAAGGUUCCUGGCUUCCCGAGGAUGGAGUGCAAAGGCAGAUUCCUCCCUGCCCCUCCCCCCACAUUUAUCUUUUCUAUGUCCUCCUGUGAGGCCCCAAACUCCCUGCUUCACACUUUUUCCUCCUUCCGGAGUUUAACCGGGUGCCUCAUCUCCCCUUCUCAGCUUAUCAGAUACCUCAUUGUCUGCUCAGACACAGGAAGUGGGCAGGGAGGAGGAGGUAAGAGCCAGAGAGGAUGUGGGUGGGUACCAUGCAUGGGAGCCCUCAGCUGAAGGCUCCUGGAGUCUCGAGCUUGGUUCCUGACCUGAAAACCUUGGACAGAGACUCUGCUGUCUGUGGUGUCCCCUGGCUUUCAAAGAAAACAUCUCAAAACCUUUUUAUUUUAACCAGAGGCUGCAGGCCUGUGACAGACUCCCAAAGGGUGGGCGUGUGAGCUUUGACAUUGUGUAGAGCAUUUCUGGGGUUGCCUAGCCGGGGAAGGAUUGAAGAGGUAGAUGCUGAGGGUGAAGGAUUGGAGCCCAGCUACUCAGGUGCUAUUCCUGGUUCUAGAACAUUCACAAAACUUAUUUUCAGAGCCAUCCCAUUGCCCCUGGGGUGAAAGCUCACCAGUCCUGGACUACGCUCUCCAUGACUUCUGUAACUGUGACCCCCUACCUGCUGGCCCAGCUCCUUCAUCAGUUUCCACAUCCAUUCUCCCACAUCCCCUAUGAGUGCUACCUAUACCUCCCCUCCCUCCCCCGGAGCUGAGGACCGAACCCAGAGCCUUGCGCUUGCUAGGCAAGCGCUCUACCACUGAGCUAAAUCCCCAACCCCUAGCCACCUAUACCCUUAUUGUGGCAUCAGUUGCCCUGUCUUCGUUCUGUCUGCCAAGUACCUCUAUUGGCUUCCUUGUCACCCUGUCACCAUAGCACGGUCUAUGUGACCAUCUCAGUUGUCGCCUACAGUUCUGGCAACAAGCUCUGCUUGUCACUACGUAUGUUUAAACCCCUAUCCAUUACGCUCUGCCUGCCACCCAUCCCCUGCUUUAUUCGUAACCUGCACCUCCUGCACUAUAUAGCAUGCAGUGGUAAUAGGCAGGUGAGCAACAAGGUUAGAACUGUGGGCUUGGGAGCCAGACUGCCUGAGUUCAAGUUCUACACCUUCCACUUAUCGCCUGUGUGUUCUUAAGCAAAUGGGCCUCCAUUUCUGAACCUGUAGGAUGGGGAAGAUAAUCUUGUCAUUUACUAUUGUUAAUUUUGUGUGUAUGCAUGUGUUCACGAGGGAGGGUGCAUAUGUGAUGUGUGUGUGUGUGUGUGUGUGUGUGUGUGCAUGUGCAUACAUGUGGAGGCCAGAGGCUAAUCCUGGAUGUUCCUAGUCAGGCACGGCCUAUCUUGUUAAAUUUAAAUUUUUAAAAACUCACAUUUAUGAUGAUUAUUAUUAGUGGUGGUGUUCGUGGGAGAGGGUAAUGAGGGGACAGUGUGUGUAGAAGUUGAUUCUCUCCUCUUCCUGUAUCGUCGUACCCAGGGAUUGAACUCAGAUCGUCCGCAAAUGCCUUUACUCCUCCUCCCCAAGCCUCGUUGCCCCAGACAUUUUGUCAGCCCCUUGCUGUGGAACAAUCUUUGUACACUGUAAAUAUGUGUUGCUCUCAUUGUUAAUAAAAAGCUGACUGGCCGAUAGCUAGGCAGGAUUUUCGGGACAGAGAGAAUACUGGGAAGAAGGGCGGAGUCUCGUGAAUCUCAAGAGACACAGAGAGAAGCAAGAUGAAUGGGUGGUGUUAAAAGAAGAUACAGUCAUGUGGCAGAGGGUAGAUAAGAAAUAUAGGCUAAUUUAAAAUGUAAGAGUUAGCUAGUAACAAGCCUGAGCUAUC